UGGAGUGAGAAACUUAAGGCUUCAGCUAUUUCAUAAGACUUUGCAGGUUGUCAAAUUGUCCUUUAUUCACUGCAGCAAUUGACCUUUUCCGCACGCAAUCUCAUUGCCAUAUCCAUGUGCCCAGUGCCCACCGAAACCUUGCAAUUCGUUACAUUCCUUAUUUGGUGAAUCUCCGCCCAAUACCAGAACAGCAAAGGACUCUGCUUUCCUCUCUAUUCAUUAUUAAGGCCUCUUUUUUCUUCCUCAAUUCCGUAUAGAGGAAGAGGGAUUUGACGGUCCUCCGUUCUCCCCAGUUCCAUGGAAAAACCGCUUCUUUGCCUACUUAACCUUCUCCUCUGCUUUCCCCAAUUCUAUGGAAGGUCUCUGAGACCUUCUAAAGUCUACGGCACAGCAGACGGAUCAGAGGAAUGGGGCUACGUUGAGGUCCGGCCGAAAGCCCAUGUGUUCUGGUGGCUGUACCGGAGUCCGCAGAGAGUGGAAAACAGUUCGAGUCCAUGGCCGACUGUGUUGUGGUUGCAGGGAGGACCUGGAGCUUCGGGCGUUGGUAUUGGAAACUUUCAAGAGGUUGGGCCAUUAGAUACCAAUCUGAAACCUCGCGAUUCGACUUGGUUGCAGAGAGCUGAUCUUCUUUUUGUGGAUAAUCCAGUUGGGACCGGGUAUAGCUACGUAGAAAACACUUCCUCUCUUGUGAAGACUGACGAGGAGUCAGCCAGCGAUUUGACUAUUCUUCUGAAGAAACUCUACAAUGGCAAUGAAAGGCUUCAGAAAAGUCCUCUUUAUGCAGUAGCAGAGUCUUAUGGGGGAAAGUUCGCAGUUACUCUUGGCUUGUCAGUUGUCAAAGCUAUUAAAGCUGGGCAAUUGAAUCUCACUUUUGGUGGAAUAGCGCUAGGAGAUACUUGGAUAUCCCCAGAAGAUUUUGUGUUAUCCUGGGGACCGCUGCUUAAGGAUGUCUCGAGGCUUGACAUCAAUGGAGAAGAGCAAUCUAACAGCUUAGCUAAGGUUAUCCAGAAGCAAAUUGCUGAAGGGAAGUAUAAAGAAGCAACAGAUUCCUGGAGCCAGCUUGAGGGUGUGAUCAGUGAAAAUAGCAACUCUGUAGACUUCUACAAUUUCCUGCUCGACGCGGCAAUGGAUCCACUGGGCAUGACUAGUGCUGUAUCAACCGCGACGGCGGUGGCGACGCUAUCAUCAGUGAAGAUGACCAUGAGAAGUUACUCAAGGUAUCUGAGCUCUAAGGCUGUUUCUACUGUUAGUCUUGAUGAUCUCAUGAAUGGUGUCAUCAAGCACAAGCUAAAGAUUAUUCCCAAGAAUGUGAGUUGGGGUGGGCAAUCUGAUCUUGUCUUCACUUCUUUGGAAAGUGAUUUCAUGAAGCCAAGAAUAAAUGAGGUUGAUGAGCUCUUGUCUAUGGGAGUCAACGUAACUAUUUACAGUGGACAGGUUGAUCUUAUUUGUGCAACAAAAGGCACCGAAGCUUGGAUCCAGAAGCUCAAAUGGAAAGGGCUACAAAAUUUUAAUAAUGCAAAACGGGAGCCCAUAUAUUGUGAAAACGAGAUAGUUACAAGGGGUUUUUUUAAAAGCUACAGCAAUCUGCAUUUCUAUUGGAUACUGGAAGCAGGACAUUUUGUGCCAGUGGACCAACCAUGCGUUGCAUUAAGGAUGUUAAGUGAAACCACCCAAUCUCCUGCAAGGACAUCUGCUGCUUCAUCUUAGAGAAAAAAUCUGUCAUUUUUAAUAACCUCCAAUUUUUUU